GCAGCCUAUCACCUACAUUCUGAUGGCCAUUCUGAUGGCGCCUCCAAAGGCAGCCCAAAUAUCCUUAAAAGAGCGCCUCCAGAGAAACAAGUUGCCCUGUGCCAUCGUCGAGUUCUCUGUGACCACCGAGUCAGCCCUGAAGAAAAUAAAAGACAACAACACACUUGUAUCCAUUGCCAAUGCCAAGGCCAGCAAACACCUGAUCAGACAGGCUGUGCAGAAGCUCUAUGACAUUGACGUGGCCAAGGCCAACACCCGGGUCGGGCCCAACGGAGAGAAGAAGGCAUACGUUCGGCUGAGUCCCGACUAUGACACUUUGGAUUCCGCCAACAAAAUUGGCCUCAUUGAGAUGGAGUCCAGCUGGCUAAAUCUAAAUAUACAUUUUUUUUCCACCAUAAAAAAAAAAUCAACUUCAGGAUAG